CUAUCACAAGGGCUGGCAGUAAAGACACGUUUUCCGUGGGUGACAUUUAACGCCACACUUUGACUGAGGAGGCUCUGUGCGUAACGCAGAGACAGCGCUGGAUCUACACCGGCCACUGCUGCGCAAAUCAUGUGUAUUUGGUAGUGUUUUUUUUUUUUGGAGACGCCAUAUGUAGCCUACUGUUCAGCGCAAAGCUUCCAUGAGUGCACACCUCGGCAAAAAUGUCUUUUUUAACCAUACCAAGCCAAGAGGGCCUUUUUACCACGAUUAAAUCUGGCAAGGCAGGCGAGGAGGCAGAUAGUAGGUCACGCAUAGACGACGAGGAUAAUAAUGAUGAUGAUGAUGAAGACGAUGACACCGACGUCCACCUCAUCCCGAGAUGCUCCCCGGUACCCAGAAAGCGAGGCGCGUCCAUCUACGAUGAGACUGCUGAGUAUAUGCGGAUCCACUUGGCGCUGUCUGCCGGAAAGAGAGUGUCAUUCGCCGACACAACAGGUGGGGAUCUGGUGGAUGUGAAGGAAUUCCUUGCCUUUGAUUCGGACGAGGAAGAGGAGAACAGUGCGAGGUGGGAGGAAGAGGAAGCAAAGUAUCGAAAGUCAGAGCGAGAACCGACCUAUCGUGUGCAGCCAGAGUUUAACGCGCCCAGCGACAGUGCCCUGCUGCAGGCUGUGCACACUAAUAAAGUGGAGGUUGAGCAGAUGUCUCCAGUAGAGAAUGAGCCACUUGCCUUCAGUGGGGUAAUACGAGUCCUGAACAUCUCCUUCCACAAAGCAGUUUAUAUCAGAUCGACCAUGGACAACUGGGCUUCUUACUUUGAUCACCCAGCAGAGUAUGUCCAGGGAUCAAAUGAUGGGGACACUGAUCAGUUCACCUUCAAGCUGUCUUUUGCACCCCCUUAUAUGACACACGGCUCCCGCAUUGAAUUUGUAGUUCGCUAUGAAACCCCUGAUGGCGAUUAUUGGGCUAAUAACUCCUCUAUGAACUAUGUGGUAACUCUGCUCCUGUCCUAUGAAGAUGCUUCAGCUCAAACAAACAUCGACAUGCAGCAAAAGAGAGGUAUCCUGAAACCUCCAAAAGCUUACAGUAUGAAUGAUGAUUUUGAUUCAGAGGAUGAGCAAGAAAAGGAAGAAGCAGAAGAAGCAGGGACCUCCAAGUCAGGACUUGUCAGGCCAACCGCUGUCUGCCCGGUCAUCAUACAGCCGGAGAUUGACGUAGAGAUUGCAGUACACCCAUCUGGUCCCUCUGUCCCUCCCAACCAAGAGCUUCCAUCUGUUGAUGGCACACUGUCCGCUCGCACUGUAUCCCCAGGUGAACAAUUCCCUUGUAUGUCAUCCGAAACCACACUUCAGACUAAUUCAUCCUUUGUACUCUGUGCCAGCGAAUCAGUCCAGCCAAAUAAGUCACAGCCUUUACCCAGACUCCACUGUGAAUUAGGCAACCAAACGUCAGAGCAGCCCACAGACAGUAGUCCCUCUGCACUGCUGCCUGCUUCAACUCCUUCUCUACAACAAGAGUCAAGGCCGAGAUCAGACAGCUCCCAGGCUGGCGCAGAGGAAAUCCCUCCCUCAGAGGCCCCAUGCGUGCAUCUUUCAACCACAGAGACGAAUCUAUUGCCAGCAACAGGAGAGGACGGAUCGACCGACAGCCCAGCCAGUCGUUCUUGUCUUAAACUGCCUGCUGAGUGUGUCUCUGCUCCCAAUGUGACUCAGGGUUCUGAGCGAGACAUUGCAGUGGGAUUGAGUGAACUUGCUGCUGGAAUAUCAGAAGAUUCCACCAUGUCUGCAACACAUCAUGAAGGCAGCAAACCUGCAGUCCUGUCUCCUGUGGCUGAGAGUGGGGCGUCUCUGGGAGCAGAAGGUGAAGCUCCACCAUCACCCAAACUCACAGAGAACCCCUCAGUGAGUGCAGGUAUCACUGAAGUGAGACAAAACUUAGCUUCUCAGUCUGCUGAUGCUCCCCAGAUUUCCCCUGACACAUUAUUAGAGAAUCUACCAAACACAUUGUCAGAGGUUUCCGAGCUCCAGUCUGAGCAUAACGUCAACAGGAAUCUGAUGUCAUCCGUCGUCUUUCUGAGUGGAGUUGUCUCCCUCUCGAUAGUGUUGCAGGAACCCAGUGCACUCUUCUUAAUUGGACUGCUUUUGGUCUUGCGCCGUUUGUGAUUAUGCCAUUUUGAUCUUAAGUGCCUUUUCAUGAUUCCAAAAUAAGCCAACAAGUUAAAAAAACAAACAAAAAACCACUCCUGUUGAAGCUGUGUAUCACUGUGUGAUUUUCUUCUUUUUAGAUUAAUAUAGAUUUUCAUCUAAUGAAAGACAUAUUGGGUACAAUUUACGAGUAUUUCCAUCCAAAGUCCAAUAUAAGGGGAAAUUACAAAUACUGAUGAUAUUUUCAUGCAUUCUGUCAAACAAGUGUUAACUAAUAGAAAAGUAGUUGAUUGUUUUCCCAUUUCUACAACAACAUUGUGAUCACUCUAAUACUGAAGCAUAUAUUACCAGAGAUGUUUUGUAAGUGGUCUGUAUUACUUCUUUCUUGUCAUGUGGAGAUGUGUGUGUAUGUGGUGUUAUAUUCUGAUUUAUUCAAUCAGUCCUGUAAUGCACUUGUUUUUUUUGUUUUUUUUGAUUGUUGAUGUAGCUAAGGGUUGUUGUCUAACCACACUGCCAUGAAUUUAACUUUUGUGAAUUCCAUGUUUUAUUAUGUCUUUAUUAAAGGACAAAAAAAACAUUACCAUAGUUGGAUACUAAGGAGACUUGUUAUACAAAUGGUAUUUUGUUUACAAAAUGCAAAAGCAAGACAUGGUUGUGUGAAGUAUUUUGCCUUAAUGCCAAAAAAAAAGAAUAACUGAUGACCUUUUGUGAAUAUCAGUUUGAAAUAGAUGCUACUUGAGGGACAAAACAAGUGAAAAAAUGUCCAGUGUGAAAUGUGAAAGAGAUAUUUUAUCAUUAAAGAGCACCGGCCUCCUCAACGUCUCCUCACUAUUGCACAGAAGUCUUCCUGUUGAUUCUUGCUAGUAAACCCAUAUUGUUGUUGCACAACACAGAAUUUUAAAGCACUCGUUUGACAACCUCACAGACAGACUGAAGCAUUGAAUGACAUGUUUGAAGUGAUGAAAAUGUUUGCUUUUUGCAGUGUAUUUCCAUUAAACAUGGUCUUAUACCCUG